GGAUCUGCAGCUCAGUGAGAUGAAAGGGAUAAAGCGGAACCCGCUGGCACUGGGGAAAGCUUCCAACACACAAUCCACAACACAGCUUGGGAACUCAAAAAAGCUACAGAUCCAGCCACUCAACUGCAAGCAUGUCAGAAUCAUGUGCAUUCUCCCAGCACAAGAAAGGAAAAGGGGGAAAGAAACCAGUGAUCGAUUUUUAACAAAAGAACUGGAGUACUGAAAGGCAGAAUUUAGCAGCACAGCUACCUGCUGGAAAGAAAAAAAAAAAAAGAAGAAAAAAAAAAAGAGUUCUUUUUCCUCUCCAAAGCACUGCCUUUGAUGAGGUAAAGGCAUUUAAUACAGAAGCUCUGGCAGUGUGAAAUUAAGUUGCAGAAAGCUUGGGCACUGGAAGACUUCAUCAUAAAACAGAUUUAGUUGUAAGAAAUGGAACCUAAAGGAUUUCAAGGAGAAGACAAAUUGAAGAUGCUUAUAAUCUUACUAGCAUAUUUGCUAAGUAGGGUAAUUUGUGAGACUGGAGACUGCAGAGAACAAGAAUUUAGAGACCAUACUGGGAACUGUAUUCUCUGCAAACAGUGUGGACCAGGAAUGGAACUCUCAAAGGAAUGCGGCUUUGGAUAUGGGGAGGAUGCACAGUGCAUGACUUGCAGGCCAAACAGAUUCAAGGAAGACUGGGGCUUUCAGAAGUGCAAGCCUUGUCUGGAUUGUGCACUAGUUAACCGUUUUCAGAAGGCCAACUGUUCUGCCACCAGCAAUGCACUAUGUGGAGACUGUUUACCAAGUUUUUAUAGGAAGACCAAGCUUGGAGGCUUUCAAGACAUGGAGUGUGUUCCCUGUGGUGAUCCUCCUCCUCCCUAUGAGCCCCACUGUACCACCAAAGUAAACCUUGUGAAGAUCCCAUCAACUGCUUCCAGUCCUCGAGACACUGCUCUAGCAGCUGUUAUAUGCAGUGCACUUGCAACAGUGCUCUUGGCUCUUCUUAUUCUUUGUGUUAUCUAUUGCAAGAGGCAGUUUAUGGAGAAGAAACCAAGCUGGUCUCUGAGAUCACAAGACAUGCAUUACAAUGGGUCUGAACUGUCUUGUUUUGAUAGACCACGGCUAAAUGAAUACAACCACAGAACAUGCUGCCAGUGCCAGAGAAGCACAUCACAGACCUGUGGGCCUGUUCAUUUGAUUCCUUCACUGUGUUGUGAUGAAACCUGUAGCAUGGAUCACAGCAGUCACAGUUGUGCUUUGCACUCACAGACUACACUUAAUGAAAGGGCUUCUGAUUCCAUUGGAGAAAUGAUUCCUGCCUUCCUUGGUUCUCUUUCACACUCUGCUUGUGGAGACAUUUCGGAUGCUUGGCCUCUGAUGCAGAACUCAGCUUGUUGUGACAGCAUUUCUUUCUGUGAAUCAUAUUCAGAACUGGCUGGAGUCGCUGCAAAAUCCUGCAGUCUGGAGACUGAAAAUGCAACUGCCAUUGAGUCAGAUAAUAGCCAGGAGCUAAGUGAUGUACUUACUUCAGCUAAGUCUCCUCCUGAUGGAAACAUUGCAAAGUCCUUUGAAACAUCCAAGGAUAGAACAUAUAUGGAAGUUUCAUCACUUCAGAACUCAGCUGCUGCUGAAACCGAGCCAAAGACAAAGUGUAAUGGAACAGCAGAUGACUCUACGGACUGAUAAAGAGGUAAGAAAUUCAACUACAAAGAAGGAGUGAGAAUGAGUUCCCCAGGCAUGCAGAGCUAGAUAAAAAUAGAAUUGUGGAGGGUAUAUAGUUAUGUUUCUCCAAAGGUUACACGUAGAUGCUCCUGAAAUAAGUGACAGCACUACAAAAGAUCCAAGUUUCAUGUUUGAAAAUGACUGACUGAAUUUGAAAGGUGUAAUUACUCAGGCUGUAAUGCUGAGCUAAUAUGAACUAGAACACAGGGGUAGGCCUGUACACCAAUAAUUUUUUAUCAAGUUCUAAUUACACUUCAGGGGGAAAAUAUCCAUUAAUAGUCUUAUGACAAAACUAUGAGUGCAAUUAUAUGAGGCUAAUCCUUGUUUAUGUGAAAAUGUCUUUGCUUAUGUUAAACAAAGCAUAAAGGACAUGCAAGCAUUCCUCUAAAAAUAUGCACAAGGCCUUCUGUCAGGUUCUUAAGGAAGUGGCAAGGAAACAGAAGAGAAUCUCAAGCACCUUAAAUGCCAUCUGUAUUCCCAUAUCAUCAGUUUGUCCCUAAAAUAGGAGUACAGCUUAAUCUGUAAAAUCUCAGUGCAAACACAAGUCUCAGGUCAAAAUGAGACAUGGAAAUAAAUGACUGCCUCUAAACAUAACAGUAUAAGCAUCACAGGGAGUCACUGUACUUUGUGAUCUUUAUAUCAUCUUGAAUUUUAGCUGUGAUCUAUUUUGUUUUGUUGUUGUUUGUAAAUGCCUUUUUCUACUAUUGGAAGUAACUUAAAGGCCACGUUGGAUGGGGGCCUGGGCAGCCUGGUCUGGUAUUAAAUGUGGAGGUUGGAGGCCCUGCCUGUAGCAGGGGUUGGAGCUUUGUGAUCCUUGAGGUCCCUUCCAACCCGGGCCAUUCUGUGAUUCUGUGAUUGCAGGAGAGCAGCUCGAAGCUGAUCUGUGAAAGGAUCCCAUGCAUGGCAUGUGUACUGGGGGUGUUAUUCAACCAUUCUACCUGCUGUGUGGGCUGUGGCUGGAAAGCUGCAGUAGUCAGAGGCAGGAACAUUUACCACUAAUAUUAAUAGCAUUAAUAAUCCACCAAAUUUAAUUAAAAAUAUUUGUUACCUGUAAUUAUGAAAAUUUCAGGUCAUCUGCAGAAAUAAAGGACCUUCCUUUGAUCCUCUUCCAUUCAGUUUGCAUGUCAUUUUCAUAUUGUUCUUAAAUAAGAAGUAGAAAGUAAUUAGUAUUUAACAAAAAUAUGCAUAUCCUGGAAGC